UGAAAUCAAACUCGUAGACCCAAUGUUAGUUUAGCGUCUCAUAGACAUUGAACAGCAUUGAGAGUUUUGGGAUCUAAAGUGAACUAAAUAUAUGUGAGAUGGCAUCUAAUGAUAUGUAUAAGCUAGAAUUGUCAUCUACACUCAUUCUUCCCAAAUCUUUGUUCACAGAAUCAGCAGGAUUUGCCUGUGAUAUUGGAGGAAGCCUGGCAAAGUUUGUAUACUUUAUAAGUGAUACAGACCAAGACAGUGUUACUGUUCACCUUGAUACAUUCCCAAGGGAGAACCUAGAUGAUGGUUUGAAGUAUAUUCAGGAAAACUUUGUGAAGCCUGCUGGAGAGAAAUGGAACAAAAAUAACAUCUUGACAUGCGGUGUUGGGUCUUACCAUUUCAUGUAUAAACUUGAGGAUGCAUUUAAUACAAAAGGUAUUAAAAACAUUAAUGAAGAUUGCUUUGGUGAGGCAUUUGUGAAGCUUGCCAAACUUUUGUCAACUGAGGAAGUGGUGGAGGGCCUGAAUAGCAAAGUGAUGCAAGAAGAGGCUGCAGUAGUGCAAUGUUUACAAGAUCAAAAUAAAAAAUUCAAGACUUCCCCCACUGGAGACACCAAACCUAUGGCCGAACAGGACCCGUAUUUUCAUCCAUUUCCCGAUGCAGCUGAAGUUGUCAAGAUGUAUGCUGAGGUGGAAGCAAUUAAGCUACCCUGUGCUAUAAUGUUUAUAGGCUCAGGGGGUGGAGUACUUAAACUUUUUGAAGAUUCAUCUUACCAUGUGCUGCAGAUGUGGCCUUCAACUGGAAAAUAUUUAAUUGGAAUGGGAAAGAUUUUGACUGGAGCGAAGACAUUUGAUGAUCUCAUGGAACUAGCUGAGAAAGGAGAUUCUACUAAGGUUGACACAGUAUUGGGAGAUAUUAUGCAAAAGAAUUGUGAGAAACCAAAUACUAAAACAGAAGAUGAUAUUUAUGCCAAAUUUAUGGAUGAUGUGAAUAACAUGGAUAACUCAAACAUAGAAAAUGCUGUUGUCUUUACUUUUGGCAAAGUUGUUGACAAAGAUAUCGGUGACUUUCGGAAAGAGGAUAUUGCACGUGCAUUUGUGUCUCAUGCUUGCAAAGAAAUGGUUAUCGUAUCUAGACUUGCAGCAGCAUCUGGUGGGGCAACUCAGCUGAUCUAUGUUGGAAGUACUGUUAGCCAUCCCCUUAUCCAGGCUGAGAUGUCUAAAUGGUGUAUUCAUAAUGCACUUGAUAAUCAUAGGACAAUGAAUGUAAGAUGCGCAUUUCUCAAGAACUCUGGCUAUUAUGGAGCAAUUGGUGCAUUAUUGAAAGCACAAAAUAAAGAAGAAAUUGUUUCUAAAGACUCCUAGUUAAUCCAAUAUACGUGAGGCCAUGCAGACCUGUUCAGGACAUGUGUGAUUAUAAUCAAAGAUAAAAAAGAGGUUUCAAAUAGUUUUAAUUUUUAAACUAAAUGGAUCCAUAUUUUGUUUACGUAAUCAUAAUAAUAAUUUGUUUCCGUAAUCAUAACAAUAAUUUUUUCAUUGAGCAGUACAUGUUUUAUCCAUGAUAAGUGCAUCUCAGUCUGUCGUGUUAAUGAAACUGUGAUGAUUUUAAUACUUAUUCAUAUAGUUUUACUACAUUGAGUGUACUUGAUUUAUGUUGAACAAUAAGUUCUACUCUAUGUAAAAAUCUGGGAAUAUUAGGUGAAUUAAGAAUAACAAAUUGCCCAGAACAUAGGUCAUUUUGACCCAGUUUUAAUUAUGUUGAAUUCUAAACUUUAUUUGCCCAAGAAAUGUUCACCCAAAUUAUGAGUAGGUUGUAAUAAAUGGGAGGGUAUGUCUAAAAUAAAAAUAUUUUUAGCCCACCCUGUACAUAAUUCAACAAUAACAACAAAAAUAUCACUGUUAUAUCAUUUAACCUAUUUACUCCCAAUAAAAUAACAGUUUUUUGUUAUUGUUGAAUCAUGUACAGGGUGGGCCAAAAAAUAGUACUCAACUUUAAAUCAGGAUGAAUAUAGUUAUUAAGUUUAAUAUGGUACAUUUACUUAUAUAUCAUUGUAAAGGUAUUUCAUUAUCAAACAGGCUGGGUUGCAAUUUAAUGUCUCUAGAUUUUAUAGAGAAAACAGUUUAUUUAUAGAAUAUCAUUUUGU